AUGGCCUCGAGGCGGCAGACGUUGGUCGAGGGCGUGCUCAGGAGAACGCUGCCGCGGCCAGCCAGUCAGCGUCGACCAACUUAUCAUCGGACAAAAGCCUUUAGCAACGAUCCCCACGCCGCCAAGCUUCCCGCCUGGCAUGACACUGAACACGGUGCUCAUGAGCUGUGUAUGGCAUGGCUGCUGGCGGCGUAUGGGGCGCUGCUCUUGCGACGGCGAGGGCUUCCCUACAAGACGCCGAUAGACAUGGUCGUCCGCACCACCCUCUGCGCCUAUCUUGCAACCGCAGGCUGCCUGGCCCGCGAGCGGCGAGAUAAGCCGCGUCGAUGA